AUGGCUUCCAUUCCUCAGUACAAGACCGACUUUAUCAGCGCCGCCCUCGACGGCCGGUGUCUGCGUCUGGGCGAGUUCACUCUCAAAUCGGGCCGCAUCUCCCCAUACUUCUUCAACGCUGGUGACUUUUACCGAGCCGAUCUCUUGUCCGCCCUGGCUUUUGCCUAUGCCCACACCAUCCACGAGUCCUUUGCCUCCUCCUCGGGCUCCUCUGAUUUGCCCUUCGACGUCAUCUUUGGCCCGGCCUACAAGGGCAUCCCGCUGGCGACGGCAACCACGUUUGCCCUGGCCCAGGUCGAUGCCCGGUACAAGAAGCUCGAAUACUCCUUUGACCGCAAGGAGGCCAAGGACCACGGCGAGGGCGGCUCCAUUGUGGGCGCACCGCUCAAGGGCCGCCGGGUCCUGAUCAUUGACGACGUGGUAUCGGCGGGCACGGCCAAGCGCGAGGCCGUGGCCAAGAUUCAGGCCGAGGGCGGCACCGUCGUCGGCAUCGUCGUUGCCCUGGACCGCCAGGAGACCCUGCCCGAUAGCACCGGCUCCGCCAUUGGCCUGCUGCGUCAGGAAUUCGGCAUCCCCAUUGUCGCUGUACUCAAGCUCGACGAUAUCUUCCGCGGCCUCAAGCAGAGCGGCGUCGCCACUGAGGAUGAUCUCAAGAGGAUAGAGGAGUACCGAGCAAAGUACGGUGCAAGCGACUAG